UAAAUUAUCAAAUUUGCCCCGUCGGAAUCACAGUAGAAGAAGAUGUCGUCGAGCAAAGCAGAGAAUUCAGCGCCGUCAACGGCGGCAGCUACGCCUACACGGCGAACGUUCGGGGAGCCGUGGCCUGAAUUCAACGACGGUUUAACUUACCAUGACCUCGUCCGCCCCUCUGAUGCAGGUCUUACAUUGAUCGAGUUCUACUCCAGAAAGUACAAGAAUUCAGCUCCCUUACAGGGUUGGUUGCAGAGAAUUCAAAAUAAACAGAUAACAAUUGAUGGUAGAGUUGUUAGCAAUCCAGAUGCGAGCCUCAGUCCUGGUGCACAACUUGUAUAUCACCGUCUUCCUUGGAAGGAGCCCAAUGCACCUUAUGUGUUGGAAGUUCUAUUUGAAGAUGAUGAUAUGAUUGCUCUGAACAAGCCAUCUGGUUUGCAAGUUCUACCAGGAGGUUUAUUCCAGCAGCGGACUGUCUUGACACAACUUCAAUGGCGUGCAAGCAAGUUGUCCUCUUUAUCAUCUUCUGGAGAAUCGCAUCCUGUUCCAGUUCACCGUUUAGGACGGGGUACAUCAGGGAUAUUACUUUGUGCAAAAACAAAGCUUGCAAAAUCUCGCCUUUCUGCAUAUUUUGCUGAUGGAACUUCGAUUGUUCAAGAAAAAAGAUAUUCCAAUCUUGAAGUAAUGAGAGUGAGAAAGAUUAUAAAGAUAUAUCGGGCCCUUGUAAGUGGGGUAAUAAAUGAGGAUGAGCUUGUAAUCGAGCAACCAAUUGGGAUGGUCCGAUAUCCUGGAGUUGCCAAAGGGUUAUAUGUUGCUUCUCCUUCAGGGAAACCGGCCUUGAGUAAUGUUCGUGUUCUUGAGAGACAGGUGGAGAAAAAUUGCACAUUGGUAGAGGUUGAAAUUCAAUCUGGCAGGCCACACCAAAUUCGCAUCCAUCUUUCUUUCAUUGGGCAUCCACUUAUAGGUGAUCCUCUUUACAUUGAUGGGGGACAACCAAUGUGCUUUGAUCCCGACCUCAUUGAUGAAAGUUUUGCUCAAGAUGGUGGGUACCGGAGACCAGAGAAUCCUGUUCCCGGAGACUGUGGAUACAACUUACAUGCACACAAGCUGGCUCUUCCUCACCCUAUCACAGACGAGCUAAUAGCAAUCAACGCCCCGCUCCCAUCUAUCCUCAAGGCAAGUCAAGAGUGCUAAAAAUGAAGGUAUUCUUUUUCUCGUUGCCAUUGCCAUGCUCGCCAUUCUUUCAUAGAUAAGCGUUUGGCCGACUUCCCACCAUUCUAAGGAUGAUCCAAAGAGUUCUUGAACUCCCUUUGCAGGGAAGGGAGCAACCCUCUCAUUAUCCAGCAUGACCCAUCUCAAUGGCUUGCUGCUGACAUCUUUGUAUUGAUGAAGACUAAAAAUGUUAACCGUGUUUCUCGUUAGACGAUCUCACAUAAGACUAAUUUUGUGAUAAAAAAUCAAUGAUUUGUUAUCUUACAUGUACAAUCAUCAUUUGAAGUGGUAAUCUAAUCUGACCUGCUACCAUUCUAACCA